AUGUCUGAAGGCACAGGUUUGGACAAGCUUGGGAUUGCCACAGGAAAACAUUUGAACAUCGCCUUAACCACAUCCUCUGACCCGCUGAAUGCCAUCCAGGAGUUUCAGAAUGUCAAUGGCAUUGAUGCAGAGUCCUUGAAGAUCGCCCUGCCAUUUCUGGACCUGCAUGGGGUUAAACGGCUAACUUUGAACUUGUCUAUAUUUGAAACGGUCAGAGAGAGGCUUCUGCAGAGAAUUACAGAGCUGGCCACAGUCAAUGAUCCAGAAUCGACACAAAAACUGGAGUCCCUGUUGGACAGUAGCUUUCCCGCCAUUAAGAACAAGGACAUUAGACCUAUUGUCAUGGCGAUUAUGAAGCACCUACCCAAGGUCAAGGAAGAAUAUCUGAAACACUUGUUAGAGGACAAGGAGCUCUACAAUGAAGCAGCGACAGAAGUCAAACGUCAGAUCUGGGAAAACAAUCAGGCCCUGUUUGGAGACGAAGUGCAACCCCUUCUAGCUCAGUACUUGAAGGAGAAGGAAUGGUCCCUCUACCGCCAUGACAGUCCUGGCCUGACCUAUUUCUCCCCGACUCCCAAGCAGCGAAGACAGAAGGAAACACUGACACAGUUGCUGGAGAUGAUUGGCUCCAACGUGAAACUGUACGAUAUGGUUCUGCAGUUUUUGCGCACCUUAUUCCUGCGAACAAGAAACCCCCAUUACUGCACGCUGAGGGUGGAGCUUCUGAUGGCUAUUCAUGACCUGGAGUUGAACUCCAUCUGCUCCAAGGACCCGUGCCACAAGUUUACCUGGUGUGUUGAUGCUUGCAUACGAGAAAAGGCAGUGAACACCUGGAGGUCUAGAGAGCUUCACGGCUUUCUGGAUUCAGUGAAUAAAGGACAGGAAUUUGUUUUGGGGGAUUUGUCGAUGGUGCUUGCUGACCCAUAUGCCAUGAAUAUUAUACUUCAGUCCCUGAUGAAGAUGCUUCAGAAUUGUGUUAACACAGAUACACUGCCACGAGACAAUACAGAUCUGCAACUUCUGUGUCGAAUGACAGCUUUAGGCCUUAAUGCCUGGGAGAUGAUUGACAAGAGCAACUUUAGAGAGCCUAAAUUGGAGCCAGCAUUCUUCACAAAGUUCCUCGCCUACAUGGUCACUCUGAUGACCGAGGACCAGGUCCGGUUUUUUGCCACAAAAAUUCCUGGCGAGGUUCCAGUGCCACCGCCGUUACCCCCAGACAUGUACGCCACCUGGAUCAGUCAGUACCCCUUGGCCAGCAUGGUGGCUAUGUAUUACUGUUUGCAGUGUGCUAGAAUGAAGGACAAGCUGGCAGUCACCAUGAUCUUGCCCACACUUAUCCACUGUGAGAGUAACCGAGCCUACAGCGACACAUUCCUCCACUGUCUGUCCUCGUACCUGAUCCACAUGAAGGACGACUUUCAGCACGACGACUUCUGCACCGCCGUCCUGGAUGAUUUCUUUAUGCCUGCAGUUUCCAGGGAGCAUGUUCUGAGACAUCUGCUGAGGUUGUUGAUGUAUGUCCACCACAGAUUACCACGGCAACGUCUGGAUGCUGUCAUGGAGGAGAUAACUCAAGAUAAAGAU